AUGUCCCCUCGUCUCAACUGGACGCCAGACUCUCUCCCAUCACUGGAAGGACGUACAUAUGUGGUGACAGGAGGCAACACCGGGAUAGGGAGGUGGACGGUGCACCACCUCGCCCUGCACGGCGCAACCGUGUACAUGACCUCACGCUCAGCGGAGAAAGGAGCGUCCGCGAUAUCGUCCAUCACGGCGACGAUCAAGGAAACACAUCCUGAAGUCGUCGAUGUCGAGCACCGGAUCCACCUGGUGGUGAUGGACCUGAUGUCCCUGCGGUCCGUGGUGGCGGGCGCGAAGCGGAUCCGCGCCGAGUGCACGCAGCUGCACGGCCUGGUCAACUCGGCGGGCAUCAUGGCCACGCCGUACCUGCUCAGCGAAGACGGCUACGAGUCGCAGUGGCAGACCAACUACCUGGCCCAUUGGCUGCUGACACAGCACCUGCUGCCGCUGUUGGAGUCGACGGCGCGGACAGCGCCCGAGGGCACGGUGCGGGUGGUCAACGUGACGUCGGUGGGCCACGCCGCAACGUUCAAGGAAGGCAUUCGCUUCGAGGACACCGGCCUCACGCACGCCUUCACCUUCCGCCGCUACGCCCAGAGCAAGCUGGCCAACAUCCUGCACGCCAACGCCCUGCACGCGCGGUACAACAGCAACAACGACAACAAGCCCUCGUCAUCGGUGCCAGCUUCGUCCAGCACUCCCAACAACCCGCCUCCUUCUUCAUCAUCUUCUCCUCCUCCUCACAUCUGGGCCAUCUCGCUGCACCCGGGCAACAUCAACACGCAACUGAACUCCCGCGCGUGGGGCGGGUCCACGCUGGCGCCCAUCCUGCGCUGCAUGGGCGUCUACAUCACGCCGGAGCAGGGCAGCUACAACUCGCUGUGGGCGGUGGCCGGCAGCGACAUCACGCGCGACAUGUCCGGCGGCUACUUCGUGCCCGUCGCCGAGCGCAAGGCGCCCAGCAAGUUGGCGCAGGACCCGGACGGGACGCUGGCGCGCAAGCUGUGGGACUGGACCGAGAAGGAGAUGCGGGAGAAGGGGUUCUUGGAUGGGAUUGAUGAGAAUGGUGAGAAUGCGAUCUGA